AUGCUAUUCAUUCUAAUCACCACAGGUCUUUGGACUUCCCUUCAAGCAGCUCUUACUGAAUUCAGCGGUUUUCAUUGCAUGAUGCGUCACUCAAUGCGGAUGAAUCGAGCAGUACACGGUAAGCCGCAGGAAACAUCGCCACCUUUCGAAUUUCACUUUAUGGAUGCCAAAGGAUAUGAAACGCGCUAUUACGAGCCAGGGAAGAUUUAUACCAUUCGCCUAAUUGGCUUUGUACAUUUUCGUGGCCUACUGCUGCAAGGGAGAUUGGCGAACGAAAAUGGAUUCUUAAUCGGUUCUUUGAAAGGUGGUCGUUUUAUCGAAAAUGAAAACUGGGAAACAUUCGGAAUUCGGAUGCAAGACUGCAAUUCACGUGGUUCAAGUUGGCAGGAUUCAGUGACGCACAGUGAUGAUUCGCAAAAAUUCAUCGUACAAUUAGAGUGGACUACUAACAAAGAUAUUGGAGCCGUUCAAUUCAUGUUGACGAUCGCUGAGGAGGAUGAAAUUUAUUGGGAGAGGUGGCGACCCAAAAAUGGCUUCAUCAUACCAAUUACUUGGAGAGAAAAGCAUCUCAAUCAUAUCAGUAAUGAAACAAUGGCCACAAAACUUUCUGCUAAGAAGCGAAAGUCUGCUGAACCUCCGACAAGUAACAAUUACAAGCGACAUUUGUCAAUUGAGGAAAAAACUGAAAAUUUCACAACUGUUGAGAGGAAAGACGAAGCUACCCAAUAUUCCAUCUACGAAAAGCAUGUUCUGCAAAGACCAGGUUCGGAAACAUUACGAGAUUUGGCUUAUCGACAUGAAAAUGAAGUUGAAGAAGAAAUGAGCGAGAAAGGGCCAUCGACUCUUGUAUCGUUCAUUGAUCCAUUGUGGGAAUCUGAAAGUUCUACACCAACGGGAUUACCGUUGAUCCGUGCUACUGCACCGUGGCAGUUACAUGUCAGGAAGAUGAAUGAAAUUAAGCACGUUUAUGAAGGUCGCUUCCCAAAAAUCUUUAUGAACAAUGAACCGACCAAAACAAAGGUGAAAAUGACAUCGGUGAUAAGGAUGGAGAAGUGCAUCGAGAACCCAUGUGAAAAUGGUGGACGAUGUCAUUUGAACAGCAGCGCAGAAGUGGGCUUUACUUGCUUUUGCAAAGAAGGAUGGACUGGUCAGCUAUGCCAAACGAAGGAUCAGUGUUUCGGACACAACUGCAAAUCGGGAAAAUGUGUCAGCUUAAAGGAUUCUUAUCAAUGCGACUGCUGGAAGGACUACGCCGGUAAAUUCUGUACACGAAAAUGUGAUCCUAAUCUAUGUAGGAGAAAUGGCACUUGUGUGGAAAAAAGUGAUGGUGAACUGGGCUGUAAAUGUCCGCCCGGUGCGUCUGGAAGAUACUGUGAACGCGAAAUAAAUGAAUGCAACUUUCAACGCUGUAAGAACGGAGCGAAAUGCAUUGAUAAAUGGAACGAUUACUCAUGCAUCUGCAAGCCAGGAUGGAUGGGAAAAGACUGUGAUCGGCCUUGUCAAGAUAUUUAUCGAAGUUGCAAUCAAUGGAAGCAAAAGGGUCAGUGUGAACAAAUGCGUCAUCAUACGCGUUUUUUUGAUGUCAAUUGUGCCGUAUCCUGCGGACAAUGCUCUUAUUCAAAGGAGAUUGUGAGAACAACAAAACCGCUUGCUCCAAUUUUACUUCCAUUAGCUUGGAUGAUCGGCAUAUGGAAAGCUGAAGUAAAUGGUACACGUUCGAGCACUGUAGACUAUGUGACGGAUUUCGAAGGGAUAUCCUAUACGGAAAUUCUUGCAGUUACUGUUGCUGAUGUACUAGUGUUUGGCAAACCGAGUAUCAAUUUCACAUCGAUAGCAAUAAACAAAAACGAUACGACUGAUCAGCAUAUACAUUACGGUUUCCUUACAGUUGGUCCAAAUCCGAACGGCAAACCUCUGGUGGCACUUAUUACAGCUAGUAACCUUGGUCAAAUAAUGAUAGAGGAGGGUGAAGUACGCUCGAAUAGUGUUCAGUUUACACCGACAUAUCGGUCUAUCUUAUUAUAUACAGCCAAUAAUUUGCCGCUCGAGUUACACCGAACAUUCUCGAAGAACGAUAAGAGGUUGGUACAAAGUUUGACAAAGAAGGACAUGGAUGGGAGAAAUCGAAGUGUCAGCAAGCGGUACGACAAAAUUGUCGAUAUUGAAUACCUGUAA